AUGGCCGAACGACGUGGUACAAAAGCUUUGGAGUUAUGGUGCCGACGUAUGACGGAGGGUUACCCAGGUGUCAAAAUCGAUAAUAUGACCACAUCAUGGCGAGAUGGUUUGGCAUUUUGCGCUAUGAUACAUCAUUUCCGCCCAGAUCUAAUUGAGUUCGAUAAACUAAACAAAGCCGAUGUAUAUUACAAUAAUGAGUUGGCAUUUACCACCGCUGAGAAAUAUCUGGGAAUACCCGCUUUAUUGGAUGCAGUCGAUAUGGCCACCUACGAAGUACCGGACAGAUUAUCAAUACUCACUUAUCUAUCACAAUUCUACCAAGUAUUUGCCGCACAAGAUUCUCCCAACAGACUGAAACGCCCCUCACCCACAGCGUCCGCGGAAAAGACGCAAAUCACGAAAGCAGCCGGACCACCACCGAAGCUCGAACGACGAACGCCCAAUGGUUCUAUAUUACUGGAACGACUCGGAUUUAUAUCCGGUCAAGGACUGUCACAGCAGUAUUCCCCGGGAAAUGUUUUUGCUGUAACAACAAUAACAACAACAAUUAACCCGCUUUGA